AUGAUAGAUCCCAUUUUAUCAAUUACUGCAGCCAUGAGUGUUCAGUCUCCAUUCACCAACAGAGCCUACACAGACAGUGAUGCAAUUGCUGCUAGAAAACCCCUGGAGUCAGUACAUGGUGACCCGUUUACUCUGCUGAAUGCCUUUGAUGAGUGGAUUGAGGUUAAAGCACAAGGUCUAGGAACACGUGUAUGGAGUCGACGUCGAGCUUUAGAGGAACAAAGAUUCUAUGAGAUGACUAAAUUAAAGAGACAGUUCAGGGAUUUGUUGAAGGACCAUCACCUGUUGGAUGGUGGCGUUAGCAGACAGCGAUACCUGACCAGUGAUGAAAGGAGACAAAUGCAUGGAGAAAGGAAGAGACUAAAUGAAUUGAAAAAGCAAAAGAUGAAUGAAAGGAAAAAGAGGAAAAUUCUAACUCUUGAAGAUGAGGAUUUCAAGAUAAGUGACGAUGAGCAGGAUGAGGACAAAGGUGAUGAUAUCAAAGAUUUGGAAUUUCGUCUUUCUAAUGAUCUCAAUCAGUUACAAGAAACAUCCAAUCAGAGUCGCAGCUUCACACUCAGAGACAUUAACUUGAUCAAGAUCAUUUUGUGUAGUGGAUUAUACCCACAGGUGGCUAUUGCUGAUGACUGCAACACUUACAAACGUGAUUCUGAGCAGGCUUUCCAUACGCGGAACAAACCAUUUGUCCUACUUCACCCAACAAGCAUCUUUGCCAGUCAGCCAGAGCUACUCAUGCCCAAGGAUAGUGGUGACAAAAGACCUGUACCAAGUGAACUCAAAGGCUUGCUUAGCUCCAAGCAUGAACUCCUGGCUUAUGUAUCUUUACUUGAAACCAAUAAUAAGCCAUACCUUGUGAACACCAUGAGGGUUCCAGCACUCCAGACAGUCAGCUUGUUUUCAAACAGCAUUGACACAAAUGCUGAAUGUACAAGAUUGAUCUGUGAUGGAUGGCUAGAGAUCAAGUUCCCAGCUGCAGAUACUGCAGAGUUGAUCGUGUCCAGUGUGAUUCAGUUACGCUCCACAUGGCAAAGCUUGCUGAAAGUUCGACUACAAGACACAUUUGAAGGAAUUGAAGAUGACCACAGGGUGAGCCCUCGAGCACAGCAGCUUGAGCGGCUGCUGGCCAGCAAACUGACCGAGUUCCUCAACUCUGAUGUUCUCUAUUCACUGAGGAGGGUUCAUGCUGCAGAAAUGCAGAGGAUGUAUAUUGGCCCUGGGAAAGAUACUGGCAAUAUACCAAUGAUGAGUAGACUUAUCAGAGGGGACACUGAAGGCAAAGAACACCCAGUCAAAGGUGGCGUCCAGGUCACAGAUUACUUGACAUUCAACUG